UGCCGCACUCCAAGUCUCCAACAGACGGCCAUGGAUGCAGUCACCUCCGCGUAUCGCAACCGCAAGCGCCCCCUCAGUAGAGGGCCGCGUAGCAAGGCGAAGCGCCGCCUCUUCCCCGCGGACGUCACCCGCCCCGCCGCCAAGGUGCAUCGGGGGUCGCUGUACCGACGGCGGCUCCUGCUCGUGCAGGCCGCCGCUUUGGCCGUCACCACCGCCGUCACAGCGUACUGCCUUAUGGCGAAGAGGAGGGGGUGCAGCGACCAGGAGCUCGCCCCUCUCAUCGAGUCUCUCAGGAGCAUGGCAUCCGAGAUACGUGCCAGCGCUGCCGUGGGGGAUCCGGUCGAGGACGAAGGAGAUUCCGGCCGUGUAGAGGCCUAAGGUAGGUGGUCCGACAGCAACCGCUAACAAGCAGUAGUAGCAAGUGUAGAACUAGUGUGCCCAUCUGACAAUGUACUGUACUUGGAAAUUCAGAAUGGUCGUGCAAGAUUUCAAUCCUCUUUCCAGCGAUCACUUGUACUGAAUUAGCACAGGACCAUAGCAAAGGAGC